AUGCAAGGCUUCAACAUGGGACGUUACAUCCCACCCGAGCUAGAAGGUGUUCUCUCAUUCAACCAAGCCAGCGGCAAGAAGCCAACCAACAAACGAUCCGAUGGAAGCCAAACCGUCCGUUUCGAAUGCCCUUUCGCAAUCUGGUGCACGAAUUGCCAGCCCGAGCAGAUCAUAGGCCAAGGUGUACGUUUCAACGCCGAAAAGAAGAAAGUAGGCAACUACUACAGCACGCCGAUAUGGUCGUUUCGAAUCAAGCAUACAAUUUGUGGAGGCUGGAUUGAGGUUCAGACCGAUCCUAAAAAUACAGAAUAUGUGGUCGCGAAGGGUGGACGGAAGAGAGAUGUGGGGGAGAACAAAUUGCUGGAAGGAAAGACCAAGGUCGAUGAAAAGGAGGGUGCUUUUGGACAACUCGAGGAAAGGGUGAAGGACAAGGCGGUGGAGAAUUCACUCCAGGCUAGAGUGAAAGAGUUGCAGAAGAGGCAACAGCGAGACUGGGAAGAUCCUUAUGAUGCGAACAAGAGGCUACGAAGAGAGUUCAGGGUCGGACGACGAGAACGACAGGCUGACCAGAAGACUGGCGAUGCUCUGCAGGAGAAGUUUGGUCUGGGUCUUGAUCUAAGCGCGCCAACUGCAGAGGACGGUCAAAAAGCAAGAUUGAUUGAUUUCGUUUCCGAAAAGGAUACUGACAAUACCUCGCGUAGCAUAUUCGAAGCGAAGCCUAAGUCGCCUGCGUUCGUGAAGCAGAAGGACGCGAAACCAAGGGCUGCCGCCAUCGAUGGACGAAAGUCUGUCUUGUACACGAGCUUGAAGAGCAACACAAGAGCCAGGGGUGACCCAUUCCUUAAGGAUCGCCGUGAGUGGCAUCCUGGUUCGAGACGUGAGCACAGUACUAUGCCGGAGCCCACACGGGCUUCUCUAGACGCAAAUGGAGCUGACGAGGAUGUUCAGAAGACGAUGACCGCUAUCGCCACAACGCUAUCUGCUUACGAUUCUGACUGA